UUGAGUGAAAGAGCAAGGAAGACUGUCGCAUUCGCAACCGGGGGUGCUCAUCUCACCCAUCGAUCUCAAGGUUUGUUGAGCGUUCAGGAGAGUUCCAUGUCUUAACAGGAAGAAGUGCGAGGCCUCUGGAUCAUCAUAGUUUAGAAAAUAUAUUUUAAUUCGUCAGAAUGGCUGCGAAUAUGUACCGGGUUGGAGACUAUGUGUACUUUGAGACAUCGUCUACGUCACCAUAUCAGAUUAGACGAAUAGAAGAACUAAACAAGACACCAAAUGGCAAUGUGGAGGCCAAAGUCAUGUGUUUCUACAGGCGGAGAGACAUUUCCAACUCUCUUAUCAUGUUGGCAGAUAAACACCAAAGUACACUUGAAGAUGACCAAGAAAUGGAGGAAAAUGAUGAUGUAUCAGAGCAGCAAAGGCAUCAGCUCAAGCACAGAGAACUCUUUUUAUCAAGACAAGUGGAGACAUUACCUGCCACGCAUAUACGAGGAAAGAGUACAGUAACUUUAUUGAAUGAAACAGAGCUGCUAGCAUCUUACUUAAAUAAAGAGGACACAUUUUUUUAUUCACUGGUGUAUGACCCCCAACAGAAAACCUUACUGGCAGACAAGGGGGAGAUCCGUGUAGGUGGAAGAUAUCAAGCAGAUGUACAACCACUACUUAAAGAAGGUGAAAGUGAUGGAAGGAAGAUGGAAGACCUUGAAGAACUAGUCUGGAAUCCAGAAACCCAUUUAUCUGACAGACAGAUUGACCAGUUCAUGGUUAUAGCCAGGGCUGUUGGGACCUUUGCUAGAGCACUUGACUGCACAAGUACAGUAAGACAACCAAGUUUACAUAUGAGUGCUGCUGCUGCUUCCAGGGAUGUCACAUUGUUCCAUGCCAUGGAUACCCUCCACAAACACCAGUACAACACAGCCACUGCCAUCUCCAGUCUGGUGCCUCCAGGGGGACCAGUGCUGUGUCGAGACGAGAUGGAAGAGUGGUCUGCCUCAGAGGCCAACUUGUUUGAGGAAGCCUUGGACAAAUAUGGGAAAGACUUCAAUGACAUUCGACAAGAUUUUCUCCCCUGGAAGACUUUGAAGAGUAUUGUGGAAUAUUAUUACAUGUGGAAGACCACAGAUAGAUAUGUGCAACAGAAAAGAAUUAAGGCAGCAGAGGCUGAAAGUAAAUUGAAGCAGGUCUACAUUCCCAACUAUAACAAGCCAAAUCCGGCCCAGUUGCCCAACAAUAAGAAUGGUUCUGCUGCGUCUGCUGCUGCUGGUGCUGCUGCCCCUGGGGCAGGGGGAGAGGGUGUGCUCUCCAGGGCCUGUGAAAGCUGCUACACUGCCCAUUCUUCCCAGUGGUAUGCCUGGGGUCCUGCCCACAUGCAAUGUCGGCUCUGCUCCAGUUGCUGGAUAUACUGGAAGAAGUAUGGUGGGCUUAAAAUGCCUACAAGACUUGAUGGAGAACGCCCAGCACCCAACCAGAGGCAAGAACGCCUGGCUCAGAUGGCUGCUUUGAGGAUGCACAAAUGUACUAUCAGUGGGUGUGGCAAGGAAUUUAAACUUAAAGCCCAUCUGGCCCGCCAUCUUGCCACUGCACAUGGUCUAGCAAUACGAUCAGGAAGUCCACGACCAGUCAUGAAAACACGUGCUGCAUUUUGUCUGGUUACUACACCUCUUACUCGAAUCUCACGCCGUGUGUGUAGGGACAUACUGAAGCCUCGUAGGGCGGCACGCAGUCCAUUCACCCCAAUCAAUAUAGCAGCAAUAAAGCAGGAGUGCCAAGUCAGGUUGCCAGAUGCAGCCAAGAACAUCACCAUCAAGCCCAAGCCACAGAUCACCAUGGAGAAGGUUGGCGCAGGCUUGAGUCUUGAUGUUAGUGGAGAACAUCCUCCAUGGCUGGCACACUCUGAGAAAAAGGCGGAACCAGCCAGGUAUGCCUACCCACGCCCAUCUGCUGAGGAGCUCAACCAAUUCUGGGAGCGCCAACAUGUCCAUGUGGAGGAAGAGGAAGACAUGGAGGGGGAGUCGCCUUCUGCUAAACCAUCUAUCAUGAAGAAAAGAGGUUAUGAUCAAGGUGGACUAGAAGGGCCCCCAGCAAAACGUCCAACCAUGGGAGUCAUCAGACAGUCCAGCAGCAUCAAACAGAGGGGCCCGUACAUGAACGGACGUGGCAAACCAGGGACCAAGGCCACAAGGAAACUGAACUGGGUGGAUGCACCUGAUGAUGUCUUCUUUUUAGCAACAGAUAACACAAGACGCCUUCGCAAGCAACUGAAUGGGACCGAAUUCCGCAAAGCAGCUCGCAAACCUUGGCGCGUUCUUGAAAAUGUAAAAUGGCCAAGCAGCACCAAAGAACAACAGGAACCUAUAGUUAUUCUUGACUAAAAGAUUAUUUGUGUAAGAAACUGAUACGUUUCUCUGGUCUGCACUAAGUGUGGGCUAUAUAACUCAUACAAGAACAAAUGUAUUUGUGUAUUACUUUUUUUCACCAAAGUGCAUGUAAACAGUACCUAGAACGCAGGAUUUGUAGGAAUACAUCAUUUUUUUUGUGUGAAAUAAGUAGUAGAAGCAGAGUAGACCUGAAAAUGUACAAGUUUGUAGCUAUUGAAAAUUGCGCUCAUAUUUAUUGGAAAGUAUUGCAGGGAAGAAAAGUCAUACAGUUUGUGGUCUUUAUUAAUCUGACAUUCACUGUAAAAAAUACAAUCUUUGAUAAUGUCCAUGUGGAUUUUAAACAAGCUUGUAAAUCUUAACAUAUUACAUGAUCAAAAUAGCAUGGAUUUCUAGGAAUAAAGGCUUCAUUUUCAAAA